UAUGUGUUCAUAAUUAAUCCACAUUACCAUUACAAUAAUGCAAAGUUAGGAAUUAAUUAUGAGAUCUACGAUAAAAGCAUCGACCAAGCCAACGACAGGGAGAUCGAAUCAGGUACAGACACAAGCAAAAUAAUAAACAAAACAGGGAGGGGACUCAUCACCUCGAGAUGUUGACUGCGCCGAAGAAAAAUCAUCAAUGGAAGCAGGGCGCGGGCGCGAGAAGCGACGGAGAGGGGACAGAGCCUUCUUCGCCCAUUCCGGUUUGGUUCUUUUCCUCUUCUUUCUUCUCCCUCUCACGUUUGUUUCAUUUUUUUUCGGUGACUAUCGCCAGGUCCAUGGACCUCAGCACCGAAUGCAUCCACACCGUUAAAUCUCUGGGGUCCACGCAAUUAACGAAUUCUGGGAAGACGAAGAGGCAGUUGAAUGCAUCCAUUACCAUUGCCAUGGCCGACCACCAAUCAAGAUCACAUUCACAUUCACAUUCACAUUCCCAAGACCUGUUGCAUAUUCUAGGAUUCGGUAGCAUUACCAGGGCCUGCAAGUCAUUCCUCUUCAAAUGCUAUCCAAACAAGAAGUCCAAGAAAACCGCCAUCAAUGUCAACCCCAAAUCAACAUCGGAUGAUAAGGUUAAAAAGAAGAAGAAAAACGAUAAUAGUUCCAGAGACAGAAAGAAGGAUGAUCCACCUCCGGCUUCUCCGACGGCGGCGCUCCGCCGCCGGAGCUGCGACGACUACACGCUGAGAUCGUCGCAAUGGAGUCCGGCGACGUCGGGGCUGACGAGGAGCAAAACGGGAAGGCGCAGCGUGGACGCAGCCACGAUGAAACAGUACUUGUCCAGAACCAAAACGACGUCGUCUUGCAUCCUGUAUUCAAACUCACACGGCCUCAUAAAGCCCCCCGCCAUCGAGCAUUACCUCCAUUGCACGCUCGACGACCUCUGCUUCGGCUGCGUCAAGAAAAUUCAGACCACAAGAGACGCUGUUUCCGACAACGGGCGAAAUGUGGAAGAAGAGGAAGAGCUGACAAUAAAAGUGAAGCCCGGGUGGAGGAAAGACACGAGGAUUACCUUCAACGGGAGAGACGCAGGGGGCGUCGGCGUCGCGACUGCAGAUGUUGUGUUUGUCGUAGUCGAGACAAAGCACCCGUUGUUUUCCAGGCGGGACGAUAAUCUAUUGCUGGAAAUCGAGCUUCCAUUGAUUGAUGCACUCACCGGAUGCACAUUGUCGGUGCCAUUGUUAGGCGGCGAAACGAUAAGCCUACAAAUGGAUGAAAUAGUGUAUCCGGGGUAUGAAAAGAUCGUUGCGGGGCAAGGAAUGCCGAAGCAUAAUGACCCCGAGUCGAGAGGCGACUUGGUGAUAAGUUUUAGAGUGAAGUUUCCUGAGGAAUUGACGGAACAGCAGCGAAUCGAUGCUGCGGAUAUUUUGCAACAGGCUCGUUGAUCUUGUCGAUGUUUAUCUUCGUAUUCGUAUUUCUUUUCUAUGGUAAUUUAGUGUGCAGAGACACGUAUGAUCGGUACAGAGUUGUUGUAUGCAGACGAGUCUAUGUGUAU